AUGUCUCUGAACCAGAUGCAGAUCAAGCAGGAGCUGCAGCUCCCCCCCGGCUUGGGUAAAACCACCCCAAAACAGAGCCCGGAGCAUCCCCAAAUCCCAGAACCGGGAAAAGGGGAAGCUGCGGGGACUGCGGUGCCCCAGGGCCCGCCCCAGGAGCACCAAACCCAAUUCCCUCCGGCAUUCCCGAACCCCGAGCCUGCUCCGCGCCUGGAAGAGAAAUCCUGCCCGGAACCGACGCUGGAAAAGCAGGAGGCCAAGGAGAUCCCGGUUCCCGUUCCCGUUCCCGUUCCCUGCUCCGAGGCUGCUGCGUGCGCCCAGGAGAAGCAGCAGGUCCAGGAAAUCCCAGUGUCCACCCCAGAAAAGCAGGAAUGCAAGGAAACCCCGGUGUCCAUCCCAGAAAAGCAGGAAUGCAAGGAAAUCCCGGUGUCCAUCCCUGAUCCACACCCUGACCCUGUUCCGUGCUCCCAGGAGAAGCAGCAGUGCCAGGAAAUCCCAGUUUCCACCCCUGACCCUGUCCCGUGUGCCCAGGAAAAGCAGGAAUGCAAGGAAAUCCCGGUGUCCAUCCCAGAAAAGCAGGAAUGCAAGGACGCCCCUGUCCCCAUCCCAGUUUCCAUCCCUGAGCCCACUCCGUGUGCCCAGGAAAAACAGGAAUGCCAGGAAAUCCCGGUGUCCAUCCCGGAAAAACAGGAACGCAAGGAAAUCCCGGUGUCCAUCCCGGAAAAACAGGAAUGCCAGGAAAUCCCGGUGUCCAUCCCGGAAAAACAGGAACGCAAGGACACCCCCGUCCCCAUCCCAGUCCCAGAGCCCGCCCCGUGUUCCCAGGAAAAGCAGGAAUUCCAGGAGACCCCGGUGCCCGCCCCGUGUUCCCAGGAAAAGCAGGAAUUCCAGGAGAUCCCGGAGCAGCGCUCCCUUCCCGAGAAAUUCCCUCCCCUGGAGCAGCAGCUGGAGCAGCCCGGCCCGUGGCAGAAAUAG